GCUUUCUGGAAUCUACAACUCUCCUGUCUCUGAAGAGGAUGGCAUUGCAAUAAUAAAGUACGCAUAUAGUAGGGGGAUCACAUUCUUUGAUACCUCUGAUAUUUACGGUGUUGUCCAUGCAAAUGAAAUAUUGGUGGGAAAGGUAAUUACAUCAGGACAUGUUUUUUAUUGCAAUUUUGAUAGUCCACCAUGCUUUCUUGGAGCAGAACAAAACUUGGAAUACAUUAAAAAUAAUUCUGCACGUGGAUUUUGACUCCGUAUUGUUUAUAAGCUUGGUCGACUGUUGAAGGGAUUGUGGUGGGAAGGAUGGUACUUUGAAAUGCACUAAAGCAGCUGCCUUGGGAAAAGAUCGAAUUAGCAACAAAAUUUGGUAUUGCCAAAAUUGAACCUACCCAUGUUGUGGUGAAAGGCACCCCUGAAUAUGUUCGCUCCUGUUGCGAGGCAAGCCUGAAACACCUUGGUGUGGACUACAUUACACCGGAUUGACACAUCAGUACCUAUAGAAUGGGGGAACUUAAGAAGUUGGUGGAAGAGGGUAAAAUAAAGUUCAUUGGAUUAUCUGAAGCAAACCCAAACACAAUAAGGAGGGCACAUGCUGUUCAUCCUAUCACUGCUGUACAAAUGGAGUAUUCUCUUUUUACUCGUGACAUUGAGGAAGAAAUAAUCCCAGUUUGCAGGGAACUUGGAAUUGGUAUAGUUCCAUAUGCUCCGACUGCUCGUGGGUUUUUUGGAGGAAAGGCAGCUGUGGAAAGUGUACCUGCAAAUAGUUUCUUGCAAUCACAGGACGAAUCUAGAGCAGAACAAGAUCUUUUAUACUCGAAUAGAAGCAUUAGCUAAAAAGCAUGGAUGCACCCCUAUCCAACUUGCGCUUACUUGGGUUCUUCAUCAAGGGGAUGGCGUGGUACCUAUUCCAGAUUAGCAACUCAUCAAAAUUUUACUUAUUCAGUGUAGAGUAUACUUUUUCUUUUCUUUUUCUUUUCUUUUUCUUUUUUCCUUUUCUCAUUUUUUUUUUUUUUUUUUUUUUUUUUUUUUUUUUUCCUUUUUUUUUUUUUUUUUUUUUUUUUUUUUGGUUGUUGAAAAUCUAUCAAAAAUGAAAAGUGAUUAGAAAAAUAGAAACAUGUCUGAUAUGAAACAUUGACACUGGAAGUGCCUUCCUUUGCAAUUUAAAAGAGGUUUUCCUUUUUAAAUAAGUGCUAGAAACCGGAUUCAGUACAGGAAAGAAAUUUAUUAGUAAGCACUAAAAUCUAAUAUUACUACUAAGCAGAUUGUGGCACUGUUUUCAUCUGCACCUUACUUUGUCCUCUCAGUUAACCACAAUAUGUUGGCUAGUAUAUCCUAUAUGCCAUCUAAUGUUUGUUAUUUACAGGAUCAAAAGGUGUAAUUUUGUAUAGAUGUAAUUCAUAACUUUUAAUUA